AUGGGAUUAACCGCUCCUCUAUCAGACUUUGAAGAAUGGCUUUUAAAAAAUUUACAGUCCAAAAAGAAAGUGUACCAUGGUUUGCCUUGGCAUCUGGUUUUCACUAAUUUUCUAUGGUUUAUCUGGAAAUGGAGGUGCAAAAGUGUUUUUGAUCAUGAGUUUGUGAUGCCUGUUGAAUCACAUCAAAUUAUCCUCCAAUAUGCUUUGGAGUGGUAUACUAUUGUACAGCCUAACUCUACCAUCUCCACCCAAUCUUUGAUAUCCUUACAUUGGAACCCCCCCAGCACUGGAACCUGCAAGAUUAAUACUGAUGGGAGUAGAAGCCCUACUUCUGGUUCUAUUGGUGCUGGUGGGCUCCUAAGAGAUACUACUGGGGAGUGGAUCAAGGGCUUCUCUGUGAACUUAGGUAAUGGCUCUGUCCUUGUCCUUGAGGCUGAAUUAUGGAGUAUUCUAUGGGGGCUUACUCUGGCCUGGGACUCUGGCUAUCGUAAUGUUGAGGUGGAAAGUGACUCUUGUGAUGCUGUUUCCUUGCUAAAUAGCCCUACCAUUCCCACUCAUCCACUCUUUAGCAUCAUAGUUUGUUGCAAGUCAAAUAUCAACAAGGAUUGGCGUUGCUCUAUUAAUCAUAUCUACCGUGAGCAGAAUGUUGCUGUUGAUGCUUUGUCUUCUAGGAGCAUCGAUUUUGGUCCUGGGAUUCAUCUCUUUGAGACGGUUCCUGACUUCCUGAAGGAUAUUUUGUAUGCUGAUGCCAUGGGUGUGUCCAAGCAUCGUCUUGUUGCUGCCUAG